AUGGAACAUUCUCUGAGAGCUUUAUUAGCUCAGAACAAUGAUGAGGGCCAUGAGCAGGCAGUAUACUACCUCAGUAGAACCAUGAUUGGAGCUGAACACCGAUACAAUCCGGUGGAAAAAGAACACAUUGCCUUGAUUUUCGCCAUUCAGAAAAUGUGGCAUUACUUAGUUGGACAGGCUAUUCACGUUAUCCCCAAAGUGAACCCUUUGAGAGUUCUCAUGACGAAACCUUCUUUGCUAAAUUGUCGUCUUGCAAAAUGGGUGAUACUUCUGUUGCAGUAUUCAAUGCAUUUCAUGCCUCAGAAGGCUGUUAAAGGCCAAGCCCUAACAGAUUUCUUAGCUGACCAUCUGGUGCUUGAUUCUUCCAGAUUAUAUGAAGACUUACCAGACAAAGUUGCAGAGGCUUACGUGACUCAAGGAGUCAUGCAAGUAUGGAAAAUGUUCUUCGACGAUGCAUCUAGAGUAAGUCCUGAUGGAGGAAUCACAAGCGGUGUGGGAGUUGUACUCGUAUGCCCAACUGGUCAGGUGAUCCCAAGAGGAUUUUCCUUAAUCGAGCCAUGCACCAAUAACGUAGCAAAGUACAAUACUUUGCUACUAGGAAUGCAGUUGGCCGAGGAACUUAACAUUCAAUACCUCAAAGCCUACGGUGAUUCUUAA